UUUUAGUUGUCUAUUUAUAGAAAACCACAUGCGCUAUCGACAUUGACUGUCAUUGAAGUAAAAUGGGUUAUAAUCCGGAUUUUCAGGUUUCGAAUUAUAUAAAGUUGAAUUAAAUUAUUGAUAUUUUCGGCUAAUACUUAAUUUUAAAGAGAUAGAAGAUGUUUUCUAAGUCUUCAUCCACGAGAAUAACGUGCAAGUUAAUACGGAGGUGUUUUACUUCUCAGGUUCAGACAUCUACCGCUUGCAGCGUCGGCUGCAUAGAUUCUGUGAACAGAUUUCUAGAUAAAUAUGAUACAUUUAUGCUGGAUUGUGACGGCGUAUUGUGGAGGGGUGAUCAUAUUACUCCUGUAGAAGGAAUCUCAAAGGCCAUAGAGAAGCUUCAGAGUUUAAACAAGCGUGUUUUAUUCGUAACAAACAACAGUAUUGCUUCACGAUUGAUGUUGCAACAAAAAUUUCAGAGCUACGGGUUUGAUUCAUCGUUGGAAAAUAUAUUUGGAAAUGGAUAUAUUGCCGCAAGAGUCAUUAGAGACGUUCUAAAAGUUAGCGGGAAAGUAUAUCUGGUUGGUGGACCCGGCAUCAAGUGGGAAUUAGACCAGCUUGGCGUAGAUAAUGUCGGUUUUGGUGUGGACCCUGAUAACCCGACAAGUGACGAGCAGGAAUUACUAAAUCAUUCAUUUGAUGACAAUAUAGAGGCUGUUCUUGUAGGCCAUGAUGAAUACAUGAGCUACAAUAAAAUUUAUAAAGCAGCUUCAUAUAUCUGCGAUCCGAGAUGUCACUUCAUAGCGACCAAUAACGUAGAAAAGGGGAUCUUUAUCGGCGACGGGGUCAAUAAACGCCGUAUGCCGCUAGCCGGUAUGGUUGUGAACGCUAUAACAGAAGUUGCUGGUAGAAAGCCACUGGUGGUCGGGAAACCAAAUAGGUUCAUGUUGGACUGUAUUGUCGGUAAACAUUGUGAUAUUGAUUUCAGCAGAACUGUUUUCGUCGGUGAUCGUCUUCAGACUGACGUAAAGUUUGCUAAAACUAACGGUAUUGAUUCCGUUUUAGUGUUGACUGGUGUUGGCAAGGUUGAGGACAUCGAUAGUAAUCCAGAGUUGACACCGAAUUAUGUGAUGCAUUCUCUUUCAGACAUUGUUCACUGAUAUAUUUACAAAAUCAUUUUAUGUAAUUUUACUUCUUUGCAGCUACUAAAAACAAAAUUCUCAAAACUUUGAAUUCCACAUGACUUUUAUUUUAAUUGUCAAAUAGCUGAUGUAAAUACACUUAACAUAAUUGAUAUUUAUUAAAUCAGGAAUACUAUUAUAUGAUAUUAUCUCUUUAGAAUUAAAGUAUUAAUUACUAAACAAUAUAGUGUUCAGUGUUGGAACUUCUGUAGCCAGGUCAUGUACGUACUUGUUUGUAAAAGUAAACUUAUUUAUAAGCAGUUCCAUCUUAUUUUAAUCUGUUUAUAA